AUGGGUAUUUGCGCCUCAUGUCUGGGGCGUAGUCCCCCAAAAAGCCAAGAUGGCGAAUCCUCCCGCCUCCUCGAAGAAGACAUUUACAACCAACCCGGCUACGGCUACGGAUCCCUCAACAACGCCAGCCCCGGCAACCACCCGGAUCCGGGCUACCUGAAGCGCGAACGAGAAGCAUUAGAAGCCAUCUGCCAAAGAGCCUCGGACGAGCGAGCGAAUCUGAAUGACUUACUGGAAAUCUACAGCUCCGUCAUCGACAUCUGGUCGAUCCAACCCCAGCCCCAUCUCCAGCCGCAUGCAACCCUCCCCAGCGCCGUUGUCGCCCCCUCCACCUCGACCUCCGAAGCCCCUCCGCCCGUCAAGGUCACGAAAACGGACACGACCCCCCCGCGCGCGCCGCGCCGAUCCGCCGCAUCGCCGAAACCCGGCGGGACGGUCCCGAAGCAUUGGGGGGAGGUGGUGAUCAACACGCGCAAGAACCGGUCGCGACCUGGUUCGAGCACGGAUGAGGACGCGUCGAGGGAUGUCUUUGGGGUGUUGAAAGUGACCUAAACCUCGGAGAAAAGAAUUGAUCAAAAGUAAACCCAAACUGGGGCGGGGAAAGGCAGGGGAGGAGGAGCAGCGCACGGACGUGUUUCUGUCUGAGCUGAAGAGCAGUAACAGCGAACGAGCAACACUGCGCCAGCUCUUUGCGAGCUGUUGCUGAAAACGACAUAAGCAGCUUGACUCAAAAACGAGGGUCGCCAAAGACACUUUUCCUCAUCGGUCGAUAAUCCCCCCUCUCUCUCUCUGCCUUCCUCAUACGCAUCCUCAAACUCAUCUUGCAUUUUUCAUGGGUCGCCGGGCGACGACGGGCGUUUUAUUGUCAAUCUUUUUGAUCUUCCGUUUUCUUGCCCCCCUUCUUUGGAGCCUUCAUAUCUAACUUUCUUCUCCUUCUUCUUCUUCUUCU